GGAGGGGGUGCGGUUUCAAUCUGGGGCCAGUCAUAAAAGGGCUCGGCUGAACUUUCCUGUUCCCCACUCACACCCGGAGUCGCAGGACAGACUGAGGCCUUCUCGCAAACGAGGACUUAGACCAACCCAGGCAAAAUGGUGAAAGUCGGUAUCAACGGAUUUGGCCGCAUUGGUCGUCUGGUGACCAGAGCUGCCUUCAGCUCCAAGAAGGUGCAGAUUGUGGCCAUCAAUGACCCUUUCAUUGAUCUGGAUUACAUGGUCUACAUGUUCCAGUACGACUCAACCCACGGCCGCUUCAAGGGCGAGGUCAAGGUUGAGGGCGACAAGCUGGUCAUUGACGGACAGAAAAUCAGCGUUUUCCACGAGAGGGAUCCCGCCAACAUCAAAUGGGGCGAGGCUGGUGCCGACUACGUGGUGGAGUCCACCGGCGUGUUCACCACCAUUGAGAAGGCCUCUGCUCACUUGAAGGGCGGCGCCAAGAGGGUCAUCAUCUCUGCCCCCAGCGCCGAUGCCCCCAUGUUUGUCAUGGGCGUGAACCACGAGAAGUACGACAACUCCCUCAAGGUCGUCAGCAACGCUUCCUGCACAACCAACUGCCUGGCUCCUCUGGCCAAGGUCGUCAAUGACAACUUCGGCAUCAUUGAGGGUCUUAUGAGCACAGUUCACGCCAUCACCGCCACCCAGAAGACCGUGGACGGCCCCUCUGGGAAGCUGUGGAGGGACGGCCGCGGCGCCAGCCAGAACAUCAUCCCCGCUUCCACCGGCGCCGCCAAGGCCGUCGGAAAGGUCAUCCCCGAGCUCAACGGCAAGCUGACCGGCAUGGCCUUCCGCGUCCCCACCCCCAACGUGUCCGUGGUGGACCUCACCGUCCGCCUGGAGAAGCCUGCCAAAUAUGACGACAUCAAGAAGGUUGUGAAGGCUGCAGCCGAGGGCCCCAUGAAGGGCAUUCUGGGCUACACGGAGCACCAGGUCGUCUCCACAGACUUCAACGGCGACACCCACUCCUCCAUCUUUGAUGCUGGUGCCGGCAUCGCCCUCAACGACCACUUCGUCAAACUGGUGUCAUGGUACGACAACGAGUUCGGCUACAGCAACCGCGUGUGCGACCUGAUGGCCCACAUGUCCACCAAGGAGUAAACGGGCCUCUCAGCCACGUACCACUACGCCACAUCACAUCACCCACAUUCUCCUGGACCCAGAGCUCUGCUUUUACAAUAAGUCAUUGUAUAGUCUAUAGCUCUGCCUGUUCCACCUGAUGGACGACGCCUGAGGAACGGUCGCACAAGGCAAAUGACAACAUCUCCGUUGCAGACCAACUUUUGUUUUUGUAUUAGUUUCCCUGUUCUGUGCUUGAGUCGGUCUGUGGUACUAAUGUACUGCAGUCUGUGUUGGAAUAAAGUCCUCUGUUUGUGA